UCCUAUAAAACUGAGAACUGAGAAGUCAGCUUUGCAGAGGUAAUCACAAGUGGAGCCAUGCUAGGAGUGGGCUGGGCUGUCAUCACCGUCGUCCUCCUCGGACUGGCAGGUGUCUCUGGAGACAAAAUAAUUGAUGGGAGAGAAGCAUCACCCAACAGUCGACCUUACAUGGCAUUUUUGGAUAUAAGUGAAGACAUACACAAGUACAUGUGUGGAGGGGCCCUCAUUCUUCCAAAUGUUGUCCUUUCAGCAGCACACUGCAAAGGAAGUAACAUCACUGUGAUUCUGGGGGCUCACGAUCGUACACAAAAUGAGAAUUCCCAGCAGGUAAUACCAGUGCAGGAAAUGAUCUCUCAUGAAGAAUAUGACGAGACUUUCCUUCAUAAUGACAUCAUGCUGCUGAAGCUUCAGUCCCAUGCUAUUAUCACAGAUGAAGUGAAUACAAUCCGACUUCCAGGUGCAGGUGAGCACUUUGAGCCUGGCACCACCUGCUCAGUCGCUGGGUGGGGACUUACUGUCACUGAUGGAGCAGGCAGCAAUGUGCUGAGAGAGGUGAAUGUGACGCUCCAGAGACACUGUGACUCGGCCAAUCCUGCUUUACAGAUCUGUGCAAGGGGCACUGACAAGAAGGGUACAUGUAACGGAGACUCAGGAGGCCCACUAGUUUGUCAAGGAAGGAACAACAUCCCUACUGUUGCCGGAAUUGUGUCUUAUUCCAAUACCAGGAAGUGUGAAGAUCGUCAUCGGAGUAAUGUGUAUGCCAAAGUGUCUGCAUACCGUGAAUGGAUCGAAAGUAAAAUGAAUAUUCUGCUUGAUGGCUCUUCUAGAGGCAGAGUGAGGAGACCAUUGCUGUAUUAAGCCAGCGGAAGUUAUGACCAUCAAUCAUAAAUUGAAAUCAAAUGCUAGCACAGAGCUCACUGACACAUUGAGUAAUGGGUGACUUUACAUUUGUCCCCUUAACCAGAACCAACAACCCAUGUAACCGCUUACCUGCUUUAAUAAAGUCAUGAUGCAAUGAA